GAGUCGCGUAUGAGACAGAAGAAUGGAGAUCCAUUCUCUGAUGGUUCUGCUCUGUUUUCUGGCAGGUGAGUCUGCUGCUUCACAUGUUGUGUGUUUUUGUUAUCACUCGUAGCUGACUGAUGUAUUUUCCUUGUAAUGAUGUUUCAAGCUCACAACUUCAAGGGGGAUUUUUAUGUAUUUGUCUUUUCUGCAGGGUUUUCAGAAGUGGAUGCUUAUGAUCUGACACUAACAGGGAAGGAGGGGGAAGAUAUCACAAUUACAUGUUCUCACUCACUUGCUGACGGCAACACAAAGUAUUUCUGCAGAGGAGCAUGUGACUACAAAGAUGUCCUCAUAACCAGCGAAGGUCCAAACACAGCCAAGUAUCACAUAACUGACAGAGAGAAUCAUUUUGAUGUGACCAUUUAUAACCUGGAGAUGAACGACUCAGGAUCAUAUAGGUGUGGAGUAGAGAGAUCUCACCUCACUGUUGCUAAAAGUCAGAAGGUUUUUAUAUUUUCGCCAUCAUCACUGUCAUGGUUCCGCCGAUCACUCUUUACAGAACAUGUAUCUUUCAUCUGCUUUCACUGAAACAUGAUAUGCUUUCCCAUUUUCAUUAGAUCCAAAAGAGGAAAGGACAACUGAUGAGCUGAAGAAUGACAGUGGAGAUGAACAAUCUUCACCCUCAACACCUGUGAUGUACAUUGAAUGAGGACUCAGGAUUUGUUUUGGAGUUCUCGUUUCAGUCCUGUUCCUGGACUUUAUCCUACAAAGGAGAAGCUUGGGAGCAUCUUCAGGUCCGAAUUUGAAAUCCUCAGGACCCUGCCUCUCUCUUCAGGAUCCCUCGCACUCCUUCUACUCUCUCACGUCCUUGUUCUGCCUUCAUGUUACGCAUAGUUUCAAUGACCUUGUGUCUCUCCUGACUGCACCUUCACCUUCUGACCUGUUUCUCUCCUGCCUGAUGUCGGUGUCUCCACCUAAACAAAUGUUGCUCUGACAAGAUAUGAGUAUUAUUAGUAGUAUAGAGUAGUAUCUUUCACAUGAAGCUCAACUAACCAUCAUGACGUUACUCAUUCAAAGCCCACAAUGCAGAUAAAGAGGUGAUAAAUUCCCUCCAUGCAAACAUGUUCAUGUCAUCAGCAGAUGACGGAGCAGAGCAUGGCUUCCACUACUCUGCUUCAGAUCCAGAUGCUGUUGUUUCCUCUGUGGUCCCUGUGAAGGAAGGAUGACAGAACCCUGCAGACCAGACGCUCCACUCCAGCCUCACCACCACCCUGCACACGCCGACUCUGCCAAUAGACCAGUGGAUGAUAAUCACUCUGAUACUUGGUGAACAAAAGGGCCAGAUUCAUAUUGGACUCCAUUUUGAAAGAUCCCUUCGUAAUGCAAAUACUGUAACACGCGAGAGAAAGAAGAAGCUGCCCACACAGCCAGUUCAGUUUCAGGAAGCAUCAGAAGAGAAAAAGAUGAGACAGUCACUGAAGAUCAUCUUCGGCUUUAUCACAGCGGCCUGCGUGAGGGUUUUGCCUGCCACUGGGAAUCAACCGAAAACAUGUAGCAGUGGAUCUGUUCAUGUGACUGGCUUUGUUGGAUUGUCUGUCUGCAUCAAAUGCGCAUAUCCACCUCAGAUGAAAAAUGGUGUGAAGGAAUUCUGCAGAGUCAAUGGAGACGAGUGCUCCAACAUCAUUUCUGCCUACUCGUCAAAUACCACAAGAAAAGACAGGUUUCGCCUGGAGGAUCACAAACAACAAGCGCACUACAGGGUGACCAUGUCAGAACUGACCGUGGAUGACAGUGGAAAGUAUCUGUGCCGUGUUAACUACGGUGAAACACAUGGCUGUUUGACUGAAGUCACCUUGGCAGUGAAGAAGUUGGAUGAUGUUGAGCCGACUGUGGUCCCUGGUGUUCUUGGCAGAAGCGCUGCGAUCACUUGUCCCUAUCACGACAGUCACAGGGAUGAUGACAAGUGUCUGUGCAAGGGAGCGGAUCCCCGCACUUGUGAUGUCCAGAAAAUUGUUCCGGGCCGUGAGUUCAAAAGGUCAAACUACUUCCGUGUGGUCAUCAGAAAUCUGACCAAGAAGGACAUCGAUACUUACUGGUGCUGCUCAAAUACAACAUGGCGCCACGGAGUUUUCCAAAUAAAGCUUUCUCAUUCUGAACAUCAUCAAAGAAAGGGGAAGAGCGACUCUUCAUCUAGCGAGGUCACUGACGCGUCUGAGAAAAGAGAGGGAUCAGGCACACAGUCAUCUGACGGCCGAAAUAUUCCCAAAGUGAUUUCCGUUGUUGUUGGUGUGCUGUUGGUCGUGACAGCGUCUGUGGCAUCUGUGGCACUUUACAAACUGAAGCUCAGCAGGAACACAGGGCGCAGUGCGGAGAGGCAGGAACAUCCUCCACACAGUUUUAAGGAACACCGGGAGGAUCACCAGUAUGAGGAGAUCAGUGAACCGCCUUGCGCACAGACUCCAGGACGCCAGUUGACCACCGUUUAUGUCACUGUCAAUCGUCCAGAAGAGAACCUUCAAUACGCUUCCGUUCAUUUCCAGAAAAACACUGACGAUAAAGUGGAGUAGAAUGUAGCGGGCACUGACGGAUUCGAAUUCUCCUGCUAGUAUAAACAGCUGCAUUUCAUUUUCCAGGUCUCGAGCUGCCACUUUUCGUUUCUUAAGAAUCAUGUGGCUCUUAUGUUAAAAAAAAGCAGGACGUCACAUUUUUUUUAACUUUUAUUUCAUGCGUUACAAGUUUUCAAUGUUAUCAUAUGACGUACACCGUAGAUUGUUGCUAUUUAGCGCCUCCAUGUGGCGGGUAUGAGAUUGUGCCAUUGAGAAGCGUUUAAUAAAACACAUUCACGCAA